UUCUAGACUUAACUCGAUGUAAAAAAAAAAAAAAGACGACCCGAGUCACAAAUCGAGUUCACCAAAUGGGAAUGCCACCUUUAAACAGCCACAGAAAGUGUGGUACAAGUGCAAUAAAACAACUUUGUGCUAGCGAAUAUUGCUGAAUAUGACCGAUAUGACUGAGUUUUGAACGCACAAAAGCCUGUCAUCAAUCCCCCAAGACAUCCAUGUGUAUCAUUUUCUUCAAGUUUGACCCACGGCCCGCAUCAAAAAAUGCCUACAGGCUGAUUUUGGCUGCAAACAGAGAUGAGUUUUACAACAGGCCAUCCAAGGUUGCAGACUUCUGGGGGCCCAACAGUGAAGUUCUCAGUGGCCUGGACCUGGAACUUGGUAAAGAAGGAGGAUCAUGGCUGGGCAUCAACAAGAGUGGCAAGUUGGCCGCAAUCACAAACUACCUGGAAGGACGGCCCAACCCGGAUGCACAUGGACGAGGUUUUAUUGUGUCAAACUACCUCGUAGAUAAGGAGCUGGACAGCUACUCUUACCUGAAGAAGUUAUCAACAGAAAGUCACUUGUACAAUGGCUUCAACCUCCUCACAGCAGAGUUCAAAGCCAAGCAGGAUCAUGUGUGUUACUAUGGAAACAGAGGCAGCACUGAACCUAUCCAUCUAAAACCAGCAGGAAUCUACAGCUUGAGUAAUUCCCUCCUGGACACCCCAUGGAAGAAACUGCUGCGAGGAAAGCGCCACUUCACCAGCGUCGUCAACAACCAGUCACUGUCCUGUGAAGGACUGGUGCAGGAGCUCCUGGGUGUACUGAAUAAUGAAGAACUGAAUUGUCCUGAUCCAGCUCAGGAGAGCCAGGCUGAGGGCGGCUACAGCAAGUCCCUGGUCCAGGCUCUGUCAGCCGUGUGUGUUCGCAGUCCUAAAUAUGGCACAAGGACCAACACAAUCAUCCUGAUUGACGCAGAGAGCAACGUGACUUUCACAGAGCGCACCAUGCUCGACUGCGACACAAACAACUGGCACAGCAGCUCUUUCCGAUUCAAGCUGCACACAUGAAGACGUGACGGAGGAAAAACUCACAUUGUGCCUCACCACUUCCAACACCCUUAUCACCUCACCAUCCUUUCCCGUCCUACAGCCCCACUCCACGUCGUCAUGGUAACGAACAGUAGCACAGCAGAUUUGCAUUUCUUAUUUUUGAUUCGAUAUAAUUAUACCUAAGAACUAUUUAAAUGAUUGCCAAAGACUAAAUUGUUUUGGGGGUUUUUAACAACUGCAGACUUAUGUCUGUAAGCUUUUGAAUUUUACAAUCCUGCAAAAGCAUUACAGGGUAGAAGGAGCAUUUUAUAGCAGCUUGACAAUAAAUACACGCUCAAAUAAGGAAA